UCGACAGACUGUCUGCCUCACUUAGAUGUUUCUUUAACGUCUCGUAAUCGUCCGUCGAGUAGCUCGUUAAAUGCGGAAAAUCAGUCGAAGCCUGCUUCCUUAUCUUCCAGAUCUACUUAAGAUAUCAACUGCUCGUCUCGAAAGAACGGCUACCGGCAAGCUUGAGCGUCUCGCUCCCACCACGCUUGAUAGCCAAUUCCGUUCACAAUGCGAGUAGUCGCCCCUUCUCAAAUUUGCUCAAAGUCUCUCUUGAGGCAUCUAUGUGCACGUGCCGCGUCCCAAGGCUCCAGCCGACUUUAACAACGCGCCUUCCAAUCCAUGUCGGAACAACAACUCUUCUUCAUCUAUUCAAACCCAUACUACCAUCACACACCAUGCGAUCUUCUGCCGAAUGGAACACAUUCCCGCUGGAGGUGUGGCUCUGCAUACUAGACCACAGUUCUGUCGGUGUGCACAAAGCCAUGAGUCAGUUGUCGAGCGCCUUCAAUGAGGUCACCAAAAAGAGACUUUAUCAUACAUUGAUCCUUGGAGAUAAAGCUCCUCUCGGGAUUGCGAAAGAUGCAACUAAUGAUGCGGCUUGGUGUCGCGACCUUCAUCUCUUCUACAAGUUGCAUAAGGAUCGCGACGACUGGCAGUCACUCGUACGGAGAGUAUAUUUGGAAAAUGGUGAUCACCGCGACGUCUUUCCAGAGUCCAGGACUAGCCCCCUAUACAACAGCUUGAGUGAGGUCGCGAGAAACCGCCUGAUUGAUGAGUACGAAAAGUUGAUCGUCGACAUUGCAUCUCUCUUCUCAGAUGCUGCAUCGAUGCCUGGAACUCUCGAAUUUUUCCACACAACGAUACCACACUUCCAGAACGAAUACUGGGAAGAGAAACCUCCCGUCUGUGGUAUCACUUCGUUGUCUCUACCCAUGGAGGACGAUCAGGGUGUCGAAUUCGAGUGGCUUAGCCGCAUAAAGGGCAUAGUGGACAAUGCGAGUGCACUUCGCUUUUUGGAGGUCAGGGACUGGGUGUGGACAAAUUCUCCUGGUCUAGAGGAAUUUUUUGACAAUCCUGGUACAUGGAAUCUGACACACAUGAAGUUCACUGGUUGUGGGGCUCUCACUGAGGAGAUGGAGUAUCUUCUCCAGAUGCCUAAAGACCUACAAAGUCUGACCACCACCUCUUGUUUUACGCCGGGCAGCGAGCUUCACAGCAUGGCUGAUGCCAUCAGUAUUCAAGAAGCCAUCGAUGUGCUUGAGUGUGUACAAGACACACUGCUAGAACUGGAAUUGGAUCCAGGACCGAGCGAGCUCUGGGUAAGUCCAGAACAUGGCGUCAGACAAUUUCCCAAGCCCAUGGAGCCGUACCAAAGUCACGCAGUCAGAUCGUUCUCGAAACUGCGUAGACUCAAAGCACCACUGGAGGUUUUCUCGCAAUCGACAGGAAAGAUGACUCGCCGCGACGACCACACAUUCUACACCAACUUUCCCUCUACCCUGGAAAGCCUCACGUUGGAAGUUACCAGCAGAGAAUCAUUCAAUCGAGCAUUGGAGCAAGCGUCCUUUAUAUCGAGGGGACAGGUGGCGCUGGAGGGCAAAAUUGUCGACAUUAGCGAGCUUGCCUGUCAGGAAAACUGCUACGAAAAGGCCCAUGAGUUGUUUGAAGAACUGUGUCAGUUGGCCGAUCACAAAGACGUACUGCCCUCUCUACGAGAUGUGCACUUGCUGAGAGAUCCUUGUCAGUGGCUUGACUGCGAACAUGUCAAACAAUGUACAAGGCAGAUGAAGCAGAGUGGCAUUACCGUUCAUGUGCAUGACAGGAAGAUCGAAGGACCAAUCACCAGGGCGGAGCAUGAUGGGAGUGCUGGAGCCACAAUGUUGUUUAAGUGAUACGGCUAUAGAAAGUCUUCCUUGCACUGCAUUCCGAGAACUAGCUGUGUACUCGGUCUUUCAAUGGAAGGCUUAGAUGGGUUUUAGGUCUUGGUGCAAUC